GCCUUGGCAACGGCGACGGGCAGCUGCGGCCUGCGCGGAUUUCCACGACUUUCCGAGGAGCCGGCGAGCGAGCGAGGGAGGCGGCGUCGGCGUCGGCGUCCCGGCGAGGGAGAGGCGCGCUCCUUCCUUCCUUCCCGCCCGUCCUUUUCGCCCCCGGGCCGUAAGUCUCCCCCGCAGGUGUCUCUACAUACCUCCCAAGGAGGUAUGCAGCAAAGCAAGAAAUGUGAAGGCACAUGUUUGAAAAAUGGAGCAAGUGGAAGUAGUGGCAAAAGAAUGUCUUCAGGUUCUCAAAUGGCUGAGAAAACUGUGACACAGAAAAGAAAGCCAUUACCCACUCCAUCGACUUCCCCAGAUCCUGUAAUUAAGCCGCAGCCCAGGCCCAGUGACAGACUUAAUCCCAAAACAAUUGAUCCGUUUGGUGGUCAAUCAAGAGCUCCUUCUGCCUUUGCUGCCAUUUACUCUAAAGGGGGAAUUCCUUGCAGGUUAGUUCAUGGCUCUGUAAAACACAAAUUACAGUGGGAUUGUCGUCCUGAAACGCUUCAGUUUGAUCCUCUUCUUAUAACUUUGGCAGAGGGAUUAAGAGAAACAAGGCAUCCGUACACAUUUGUAUCCAAGGAGGGCUUUAAAGAAUUGCUCUUGGUGGCAGGUGCCGCUCCGAAAGCCAUUCCGUUGUUGCCACGGCUAGUUCCGGUAUUGAAAGCUGCUCUGGCCCAUUCAGAUGGUGAGGUAUUUGAAAGGGGACUGAAUGCUUUGAUACAACUGAGUGCUGUUGUUGGCCCUGCGCUUAAUGAUCACCUGAAACAUCUACUUUCAAGUCUUUCAAAGAGACAGAUGAGCAAAAAGUACAAAGAGCAAACUACAGAUGCCUUACAGAAGCUGGAGCAGUAUGGGGGGAAGGAUUGUUCAUACCGUCCAUUUAUUGAAGAAAGAACCGCGUUGAGUUAGAUCACGUUUUCAAAGAGCUGCAUGGAACGCAUUAUAUUUUCAUCCUGUAAGAAAGAGACAUCUCAUCUGAGAAAGAGAUUUAAAAUCUGAAAGUGAAAAGUCAGAAAUAUUUUUAAUCCAAUGAAUAUUUUCCUCCUUAGGCUGAAAAACCACACCCUUUAUAAAUUUUCGGUAUCAUAAGCAGCUAAACGUUAGUACCUACUUUGGGUAUGUCCAAGGGCUGGGGUCUUCCAAGUGGAAUUUUUGAUUAUUUUCUUUGACUAGUAGAUUUCUCCUAUACCACUAUCACAAAUCCUGCAAGUCUGCUGCCUGCAGUUUUGCUCUAAAGCCUAGUUUAUAUGUGAUGCAGGCCACAGGUCUGCCACACAGCCCAGUGUUCUAUACAGGCCCCAGUACGUUUGAAGACACAUUGUUCUGCUAAUAGUACCUGCUGCUUACAGUCUAUCACAAAUAAUUUACAGAGAAAACAUUGUGGGGAGCUGCUAAAGUUUGGCGAUGGCAUACAAUUGCAAUCACAAGCCUAAAAAUUAAACAUGUAACUCACACCUGUUCUGUCUGUCAAAUAUACCUUGCUGUUUAUAGCAAAAUCUUGAUAAAACACAAUGGAGGCAACAGGCACAGAACUUUGUAGGAAUUGCCUUAAGAGGUUCAGGAGCCAUGCCAACCUGCUGCUGUUCUUGAGAUGCGCCACAACCGCUACUGCAGAAAAAGCCAAUGGGAAACCUCUGGCUCUCACACAGAAUGUGCAAGGAAAGGGGAAGGCCAACCAGGGUCACAGGUUGUGUUUGAGGUUGAUCAGAUCUGCUCCCUUAACUUUUAGCUUUUAUUUUUAAAAGAAAGCCUUUUGGAAAUCAAGGGGAAAUCUGCACGCAAUAUCCUACACAGUUCAUUGGUAAAAGGUAAAUUUCUUCUUACUUAACUCUUGUUGGCCAAUGAGUGCAAAGGUAUUGGGAUUAUUGACAGGCAAGUGACUUGCUUGUUCAUUUUAUUCUCAGUAAAAUGUUGUCUUAUCCAAAUGAAUUAAUAAGCUACUUUAAAUACAGUAAUCCUGCAACUUAACGCAGGGGUUAUGUUCCAGGGAUCACGCCUAGAGCCAAAAUGACGUAUAGUCAAAGCAUAUUGGGAUCAGUGGUGGGUGGGAUUGCCAGAGUCGUAUCCCCCAAAUGUUGCCCCGUUUCUGCCCCUAUUUAUUUAUUUAUUUAUUUAGCCAUGUGCAUAAAGAUGAAUGAGCACAAGUUAAAGGUGCAUAAGUUGCAGGCUUAUGGUAUAACAUAUUCAAUAACUUAAAUUUAGGGUUUUUGCUGUUUUGCUUUGACAUGAUUUCCAUCCUAAUGUACACCUUAAAACACCUGGGUAUGAGCCUCCCAACUGUGCAUUGAUUUUUCUAGUGCACUUUGGCUACAGGGGGAAAAGGUAACUUUGCCAACCACUAGAUAUGACUUUGGCAGAGGAAGGCCUUCCUCUGUGUUCUAUUUAUACUGAUGAAAUGGGGAACAAAGAGACUAUUCUCCAGCUUAGAGAAACUGCCUGGACAACCAUUGAUAAGUGAAGGGUUUUUAUAUCAAAAGGCCUUCUCUGAAAAGUGACUGUUCUUUUUUAUUGAAUGUGCCACUGCUGCUUCAGUCUUUAUGGCAUCUUGUUAAAAUUAUUUCGGUUUACCGGAUAUACAUUUUAUAUGUUCUGACAUUUUCUCAAAUAAUUAAGGAGCAUGUUGAGUAACAACAUCCAAUGUGAUCUCCGAGGCCUGCCCUGUUGCAUGUUAGAGAAAUGCUUGCUGGAUAUUGGAUUCUUAUUGAUUCUCACAGAAGGAAACUGUGAAUGUUCAGCCUGGGGGAAGGAAGACAGGGCUGACACUAUCUUCAAAUACCUGAAGGGCUGUCAUAUAGAAUCCGACGAAGCCUUGUUACUAGGUGCCCCAGAGAGGAGGACUAGAUCUAAUGAGCUAAGUUGCAGGAGGAGAGAGAUUCUGGUUACAUAAAGAACUUUUUGGUGUGGGCAGUUCAACAACGGAGUCAGUUACAUAGAAGCUCUCCCUUCCUGGUAGUCUUCGGUCAACAUCUUUUGGAAUACGCGCCUCCACUGGAUUUCUUGCACUGAGCAAGGAGCUGGACAGGUGAACAUGGUCUCCCAAUGGCCUUUCCAGCUCUACGAUUCCAUGAAAUAAUAAAUGUGUUUUCUAAAAUAUGGACAAUUUGUGAAAUACCGUACGUGCCGCAGCUUCCCACUGCGGCUUUGUAUUGUGUCAUAAAAGCAAAGCACUAUGAAUAUACCGGUUACUCACUUUUUGGCAGCUUUCAAUGAAUUCAUCUAUGGUGACCACGC